AUGGUCGUCAAGCGAAGGGGGCGACGCGGUGACGCAUAUUCCGAGUCCUCUGAGGAUCAUUUCAGAGGGGCUUCUCCUGCCAAUUCGAGUAUCUCGUUCCGUAACAAUGAGCCAAAACGCCUGACUUUCGGACGGGUCCUCACAAAGGUUCUACUUGCGAUGACAAUGGUAGCGAUUGGCUGGGUUGGUCAUGGUACAUUCAGGUCUACGCAGUCUGUGCAAACGAACUCUCCCACUCAAGGGGUAGCAGAUCCCCCGUGGUGGCUUGAACAGGAUGAAGAUGAUUUCUUUUCCAGGACCUACAUAGAGGGAUUGUCGGCUGUCCGCAAUUUGAGUGUCAAGGAUUUCUUCACGGGCAUGUGUGGGCGUUACCGCUUUGAUGAGGAUAAUAUGCCAAAUGCUUCUAUCGUUGCGACGGUCCAGAAUGAGCAGGAUGGAAUGCUGACACUCACGAUCCAUUCAAUUCUCGCUCGGACACCUCCUUCCUUGUUGAAGGAAAUAAUUAUCGUUGAUGACAACGGGCUUGGGGAGGUACGAGGCCCUGUCAAUGAAACAGAAUUAGAAGAACUGAAAAAGCUGGAUCCUAGAAUCACCAUAUUAACCAAUGAACGACGCGAAGGUGUUGCGAGAUGUAGGAUGAGAGGAGCCCGAGCCGCAACGGGAGAUGUUCUUGUGUUCAUUGACAGCCAUAUUGAGAUGCUCAGUGCCACAUGGCUGCAACACCUUCUGGUACCGAUCACAGAGAACCCGAGGACAUUAGCAGCUCAGACCUUGGACAUCAUUAACGAUAUGGACUGGACGUACGGGACUGGCAGCGGGGAUUUGCUUUACGGGGUGAUCACGGACAAGUUUUGGUUUGGAUACCAGCGUUCAAGAUUUGGAGGACCUGACGACAACGGUGAUGAGAGGGAAGCCCCUGGACGAAGGCUUCCUUAUGAAACCCCUUUUGCGGCGGGGAGCCUUUUCGCAAUACGUAGAGAUGAGUUCUUCCGGUUAGGCGGCUAUGACGAGGGAAUGUACGUGUGGGGCGGAGAAAACACCGAUUUCGCAAUCAAAGUUUGGGCAUGUGGCGGCCGGUUGGUAAUGGUACCGUGUUCCAGGGUUGGGCACAUGUACCGUAUUCACUUGGACGAGGUAGGCAGGUGGCCACCUGUAAUACCGGAAUCCUUAACCGAUCGCUUAGAUCUGGCAAGGGACGCCCCGUACGAAGUUGACGGACAUCCAGCAGACAACUUCACAAAAAUUAUCACACGGAACAACAUCCGGGUUCUGGAGAGAUGGGCGAAAAACUCAAAUGCGCGAACUGGUUUCUACAAGCUAAUGUUUGGAGCUGAAAAUUUGCCAGAAGAAUGGCAAGCGUUUGCGGAUCAGAUGGGAGAUGAUCCGUAUGCACAACAACAAGAACAAUAUUUACAGAAAAACGGUUGCAAAGACUUCAAUUGGUUUGACAAACACGUUUACUUCAAACUCACGGGGGUGCAUCACCCCUGGCAUCCAGAGAGCCCUGGGCGGACCUGGGUCUAAACAACACUGCGACAUGGUCAUGCAGGUGUUUUGAUCCCGCUUCUAAUUUUUGGGUUUCUGAUAAAUUUUGGCAGGAUUUAUCGGCCUUCGGUCGUGUUUCCGGGUGGAGUGAAACGAUUAGGACCCAAUGUGCUAUUGUACGUACGACAAUGCCAUCAUCGUAGAAAGUCCAGUAUUGCAAGAAGUACUCCCAACUUUUGCUGUGUAUUGCACCGCCUCGGAAAAAAAGGGAAUCAUUGAAGUCUCUCGCAGCGAAACAUCUCACCUCUGCAUUAAGGACACAUUUGUAUACAGUAUUCCAACAUUUGGCCCAUAUUGAGCGUGUCGUAAGAAGAAUGGCAAGAAUAAUAAAGGAUAGCAGCA